AUGAAUUCGCCGCACAUAGCUCUUUCACGAGCUUCGACGAGUGUGUUGGGUCGCCUCAUCACCACCUCUGUCCCGAGGUCACGACCAUGCGGAACCCUCCUACGACAAUUCUCCCAUUUCCAGCCUUGGCAUAGCCCUUCAGAUAAACUCCAAGCGAUACCUUCGUACCAACCCUAUCCUCUCAAUCCAAACCCGCCCUCUCAGCCGCGCAAUGAACCCAUACCAGAAACUUCCAUCGCUAGUCCGAUACCGAAGGUUCACGAGACCCGGCCACCACCUCCGACCUCGGCUCCAGCGCAACGAGAAACAACCACAACUAUAGCAUCACAGCCCCAUCCCACCCUCACGGAGCAAGAGGCGCAGAAGCCAAAACCAAAGCCUGCCCCUCCAAAACGCAAGUUCAGGCCGCGCAAAGCUGCGCUGAAGCUCACACCGUCAGCCGUGGAACGACUGCGGGUCUUGUUAGACAACCCGGAGCCGAAGCUUAUUAAAGUAGGCGUGCGCAAUAGAGGUUGUAGCGGCUUGUCGUAUCACUUUGAUUACGUCGACGAACCUGGAGCUUUUGACGAGGAGGUGGAACAAGAUGGAGUGAAAGUCUUGAUCGACAGCAAGGCACUGUUUAGUAUAAUAGGAAGUGAAAUGGAUUGGGUCGAGGAUAAGCUGAACCAGCGGUUCAUAUUCCGCAAUCCGAACAUCAAGGAGGAAUGUGGCUGUGGCGAGUCUUUUAUGGUGUAA